CUAUGGGAUGGUCGCUUUAUGCCACUCAAGAGACCGUCUGUGCAAGGUACAGGUUAACAAUUUCAUAUCUUUCCAACUUUGAGCUCCACGUUACCAGUAAGCUCUCUAGUUCACAGAGGGAAAAUGCCUGCAGACGCUAUGUCUCCGAAGAUCACAGUGGAGUUGCUCAGGCAGCUCCGCCAGGUCAUGAAGAACAGCAAGUACAUCACAGAGCCCAUCCAAGCCUACAUCGUCCCAUCAGGAGAUGCACAUCAGAGUGAAUACAUUGCGCCCUGUGACUGCAGACGUGAAUUCAUCUGCGGAUUCAACGGCUCUGCAGGUACUGCUAUUGUGACAGAACAACACGCUGCUUUAUGGACAGAUGGGCGGUACUUCCUGCAGGCCAGCCAACAGAUGGACAAUAACUGGACUCUGAUGAAAAUGGGACUGAAGGAAACCCCAUCUCAGGAGGACUGGCUCCUCAGCGUUCUUCCAGAAAACUCCAAAGUGGGAGUCGAUCCUUGGAUCAUUGCUGCCGACCAGUGGAAGAACAUGGCGAAGGCUUUGAGCAGCGCGGGACACUCUCUGGUUGCGGUGCAGGACAAUCUCAUCGACGUCAUCUGGCAGGACCGUCCCGCUCGGCCCAGCACCAAACUCAUCGCCCUGGGCCUCAAACACACCGGUCUCACCUGGCAAGAUAAAGUUACAGCUCUGAGAGGAAAAAUGUCUGAAAGGAAGAUCUCCUGGUUCGUGGUAACAGCUCUAGAUGAGAUCGCAUGGCUUUUUAACCUGCGUGGGUCAGACAUCGAGUACAACCCCGUGUUUUUCGCCUAUGCGGUCAUCGGCAUGAGCAACAUAAAGUUGUUUGUGGACAGCAAGCGUCUGUUGGACCCUGCGGUCCGGGAGCAUUUGGAACUGGACAGUCCGAGCAAACCCGAACUGACCAUACAGUGUUUCCCGUACGAGUCUGUGUACACGGAGCUGCAGGCGGUCUGUGCGGCGCUGGCACCCAAAGAGAAGAUGUGGAUUUGUGACAAGGCCAGCUGCGCUCUUACACAAGUCAUACCCAAGUCCCACAGAUCUGCAAUCCCGUACACACCCUUAUGUCUGGCUAAAGCCGUCAAGAACCCCACAGAGAUCCAAGGCAUGAAGAUGGCACACAUCAAAGACGCAGUGGCGCUGUGUGAACUUUUUGCUUGGCUGGAGAAAGAGAUUCCCAAAGGUACGGUCACAGAGAUAUCAGUGGCAGAUAAAGCUGAAGAACUGCGAAGUCAACAGAAAGACUUUGUCGGGCUGAGUUUUCCAACCAUCUCUAGUGUGGGACCAAAUGGGGCCAUAAUACAUUACAUGCCUCUCCCAGAAACCAACAGGACUCUUUCUCUAAAUGAGAUUUAUCUUAUUGACUCCGGAGCUCAGUACUUAGAUGGAACUACAGAUGUGACCCGUACAGUGCACUUCGGCACACCCACGGAUUAUGAGAAGGAGUGCUUCACGUAUGUCCUGAAGGGACACAUCGCGGUCAGUGCUGCCGUUUUUCCCAAUGGAACCAAAGGUCACCUGUUGGACUCUUUUGCUCGUGCUGCUCUCUGGGACUCUGGGUUGGACUAUCUUCAUGGCACCGGCCACGGGGUCGGCUGUUUCCUUAAUGUGCACGAAGGUCCAUGUGGCAUCAGCUACAAAACGUUUGCAGACGAACCUCUGGAGGCUGGAAUGAUUGUCAGCGAUGAGCCCGGAUACUAUGAAGAUGGAUCUUUUGGCAUUCGGAUAGAAAAUGUUGUCCUGGUUAUUCCCGCCAAAACUAAGUAUAACUACAGAAACCGUGGUAGUCUGACGUUUGAACCCCUCACUUUGGUCCCCAUCCAGCUGAAGAUGAUGAACACAGACCUGCUCACACAGAAAGAGCGUGAUUGGGUGAAUGACUACCACAAGAAAUGCCGAGAGACGAUUGGGGCGGAGCUCGAGAGGCAAGGCAGGAAGGAGGCUCUGGAUUGGCUGAUCCGAGAAACUCAGCCGAUUGUGUAAAGAUAUUGUUGACUGACUUUAUUGGUCAUCAUCGUAACGAUCGCCAGUGAUUUUUCUUUCCUGUCGUUCUCUCUCAGUCUCGAUCUCUAUCUGCUUUUCUGGUGGAUGUAAUUCACAUUCUGCUACUUUUGUAAAGCACGCUUUAAACAGCUGUUUUAUGACAAUUAAACUGUUGGAAAAAGA